AUGCCGGGGCGCAGGCGUAGGGCGUCCACGUCCAGCGUCGAGACCGUUGACACGUCGCAAAUCCGCUGGCGUCAAGAAUCCUCCGUCGUGCGAUCCGUACCAAAGGCCAUCCCCCCCGACGACUGGCCCGUCUUCGAGCUGCAAGAUGCCAUCGUUCUGAACAAGGACGGCGACAAGAUAGAAAACGCCCUCCACGUUGGUCACGAGGGCCCUUUCAUCGUCAGGGGCUUCCUCAUCAUCGAUGACCCGACCCAGCGGUCACAUCUCAUCAUGAAAGUGCGCGGCGCCACCCCGCUCGAGAUUCGACGAUGCGCAUCCUACUCCAUUGGAGAGUCACCCGACGGAAGACCGCUGAUCUGGGUUUCGGGCCAGGGCGGCUGGUACGAGAUCGAUCCCAGUCCGGCCUACAAACCCAUGUACAACAACAUGUGCGAGGCGACAACCAUGUACUACAACAUGGUUGACAUUUACGCAGAGGACCCGCCAAAGAGGUCAAAGAAGUCGAAAAACAACUCCGUCAUGGACGAGCUGGCCCAGGUCUUCCACAAGGUACCGCCGCCCCUGAUUCCUCGUCCAGCAUGGGCCCGUCGUCGGACUGACAGGACGCAGUACGCCGCGCGCAUCGGCGACGGCGCAACACUGGAAGACGUCUUUGAGAGGGCCAACAAGCACAGUGCUUUCUUUCUCGACCAGUUCUCGCACAGCAACGGCCUCGACUACAAUUGGAAGUCGACGGCCUUUUACAAAUACAUAACUACUGAGCAUGCUGUAAGCCAGCCCUCGCCGCUGUUUGGGCCUCGCCGGCAACGGAACACUAACUCCCCGCGCCUCCCCGUCGACCAGGACCUUGGCAAUCGAAUCAGGGAUGCCAUGGAACGACUCCGUCUCCAGUCCUUUGCAUCGGACGCAGGACACAGCUCCCGGGAGAACCCCCGCUCCCGCUCGGCAAAGAGCAGCAGCGUCGAAGUCACUGACCGCAAGGCCCUCCAGCCGAGCCAAAGACCGAGACCAGCCUCGACCUCGACCUCGACCUCGACCGCCCCCAAACCCGCCGCCGAGAAUGCCGUCCCCGCCAUGCCGCUCUACGUCCGGAGCGACCAGGACGCCGCCGCCGACUUGCCGUUGCACUCUGUCCUGAGCGCUCUAGAAGAUAUAUACCGCGGCAUUGGUUCCAGCAAAAAGGGCAUGACAUACCUGACGACCCUCAGUAAGCUGUACUUCAACUGCACUUUCCCCACGUACAAGGACAGCCGCAUCGGCUCUUACAAGCAGCCCGCCGACGACGUUCUGCACUACUACGCCCGGGCUCUCGUCGAGACACUGGACCCGAAAUACCACGCCCAUCAGAUGUACAGCAAACUCGAGGAACUCGCCACGACGCCCUUCCGACCACUGGCAUACAGGCCAACCGAGUUCCCCAUCGUCCUCGCCCCCCGUAAAUCGAUGCCGCGGAGGGUGGCCUCGUCGCAACCCCCCUCCACCCCCAACGCCAGUCCCCAAGGCCGCGCAUCCUCGGCGACGCAGACUCCCCGGCCCCAAGGCAAACGGCCGGCGCGCACGCCCGGAAAAUCCGCCCUGCGCCCGGUCAGCCGGGCCCCCAAACGGCCGCACGACGAGCUGGAAAGCGACGACGGCGAGUUCCCCGGCGUCAAACGGUCCCACUACCUGGACGAGGACGACUCCAUGGACGGCGCGCCCGAGCUCACCUCCCAGGACGAAAACGACGCAGACGCAGACGCAGACGACGACGCCGGCGCCGACGCCAAGGAAACCAAGUCCAGGCUCGGCCUUGGGCCCAUCAAGCUCGUCAUCAGGGCCGACCGGAUCCCCGACUCGUCGCCCCGCGGCCCGCACGACACGUGGACCUGCGACGAGGACGGGUGCGGCUACACGGUCCGCGGAGGCGACGAGCAGGACUGCCAGCACAAGAUCCAGCAGCACUUCAGAGACCACGAAAGGCAGCUCAGGCGCGUCAACCUCGCCGUGACCGAGGGCGCCCGCAACCACAUGCCCAUCAGGUACGCCUACUUCCCCCCGUUCCUAAUCCAAGCCGCCCUCGACCACGCUCCCUUCCCUCCCCGUCACCAUCCUUGGCUCCCGCCUCACACGCCACGACUCGCCGUCCAGGUCGACGCAGGUCCCUGCGUCCAAGUGGAUUAG